GUGUGCGGCGGCGGUGUUGGCGGCAGCAGCGGCGGCAGCAGCGGCGGCAGCAGCGGCAGCAGCAAAGCGUUUAGCGCGAUGUCUCACACCAUUUUGCUGGUGCAGCCUACCAAGAGGCCAGAAGGCAGAACUUACGCUGACUAUGAAUCUGUGAAUGAAUGCAUGGAAGGUGUUUGUAAAAUGUAUGAAGAACGUCUGAAGAGAAUGAAUCCCAAUAGCCCCUCGAUUACGUAUGAUAUCAGUCAGUUGUUUGAUUUUAUCGACGAUCUGGCAGAUCUCAGCUGCCUUGUUUACCGAGCUGAUACCCAGACAUACCAGCCUUAUAACAAAGACUGGAUCAAAGAGAAGAUCUACGUACUCCUUCGUCGGCAGGCCCAACAGGCUGGGAAAUAAUUGAGUUGGAAGCAUUAGGGCACGGGGUGGGCUUGGAACCAAGGUGU